CCCUGAGCUCCACGAGCCUUUUACUGUCUUCGGUCCUGUAUUACUCAAAUCAUAAACAUUAUAGCAUUAUAGUAUAAUGCAACGGCAUCUGCUAGCAACACCCUGACACACACCGUCUGCGUCACAGCACAGAAUAAUACAUGGCACAAGCGGAGCUAGAAAUGAAACUCUGAAAUAGGAGCAGGUGGACUAUUACGGAACCUCUCGAGUCCCCAGCGCUGUGCUUCCACGUUCCUAUUGUCGUUGACAAACCUACCCGUAGCAAUGGCGAAGUGCGCCGAGGUGAAAAUAGCGGUCUUUGGCAGAGCUGGAGUAGGGAAAUCAGCUCUAGUGGUGAGGUUUUUGACCAAGCGCUUUAUCUGGGAAUACGACCCAACACUGGAGUCAACCUAUCGGCAUCAAGCGAAUAUUGAUGAUGAUGUUGUUACCAUGGAGAUACUCGACACAGCCGGUCCGGAAGAUCUUCUACAGAGGGAAGGUCACAUGAGAUGGGGCGAGGGCUUUGUCAUCGUCUAUGACAUCACAGACCGGGGCAGCUUUGACGAGGUCGUGCCUCUGAAGAACUUCCUGGACGAGAUCAAGAAGCCCAAGAAUGUGACACUGAUCCUGGUGGGCAACAAGGCUGACCUGGAGCACGCCCGCCAGGUGAGCACCGAGGAGGGAGAGAAGCUGGCAACCGAGCUGGCCUGCGCCUUCUACGAGUGCUCGGCCUGCACAGGGGACGGCAGCAUCCACGAGGCCUUCCACGAGCUCUGCAGGGAGGUGCGGAGACGUAAGAUGGUCCAGGGGAAGACCCGGAGACGGAGCUCCACCACUCACGUCAAGCAGGCCAUCAACAAAAUGCUGACCAAGAUGAGCAGUUAAACAACCAGUAAAUACAUAAAUAAGACUGCCAGCUGAAUUCAGACAGAAGUACAAGCCAAGACUUUGCCAUCCAUGCUUCUUAGUGACAUCGGUCGCCCUAUUGUUCUGGAGUGAAGAUGGCCCUUGCGUAUUUUAACUGAAUGCAGAUGCAGCAUGAUAUACAGUAUGCCUGGUACCUCAUAAUUUCUUGUGCUAUAGGUCAGACUUUGGACACGCAUUGUAGUAAUAGUGAACACUUUUUUUCUUUAUCAACAGUAGCAUUCUAGCAUUCUUUUUUAUUUGACUGAAGUUUGGAACCAUUCUCUGGCUCUUAUUGCGAUUACUAAAACAUUGUGUUUUUUAUUUUUUGAUUAGUAUUAAGGUGCUUUUGUUCUAGUUGUCUGCCAUAGACAAAUGUAAUAUAGGCUAGAUCAGCCAAAGUGUCUUUAUAUUAGUGAGCUCCAUUUGGUGCUUUGUUGUGUAUGUCCUGCAAAACUGACAGAUACAUCGGUAGUGCUGGCUGUUACUUCUAUAAACACACUGAUCUAGCCUGAGUUACAUAUCUCUAUGGCAGGCAAUUAGAACUGAAGAGCUCUUGAUCUCCAGCGAUAACAUCUUAACACAGGCAUCGAGCAAUUGCAGUCAGAAACACUCGGAAUGAUUGCAGACUUCAGAAAAAAAAAGAAAUGGGAUAAAUCCUCUGAGACGACCAGGUACCUGGAAGAUUCAAUUUGAUUUAUAAUCUGUAAUGUCGUGCUUGAGAAAUCUUCAAACAUAUAUAUAUAUAUAAAAAAAACUGUAGCGCACAGGGGUCUGUGAUAAAACAAGUACAUGGAUAUUGAAGCAGUGAUUCUGUCUCCUUUAAGCAAGACCAUCUUGUAAUGAACUUACUAAGUACAGUGCUACACUGUUAUAAUGUGUUUGUCGGGGUCCAUAAUUAGGAGACCACGUUAUUUGUGUUUCACCUCAUAACCAAUAUUGGCAUUUUUGUUCCCAAAAUAAUUUACAAUGCCCACAAGCCAAAUUAAUAUUGUAGUGUACCGUGGAAAAUGAAGGAAGGGGAGGCACACAAUUUGCAGGUACUCAAAUCCACGGUUUAUUGGGACGAUUAUUCCCGGCCCCUGUUAGCCUGGGCCACACCAAAAACAACAAACAAUCUUGCUCUCUCACAGCAGCACAUUCUCACAGCAGCACAUUCACACAGCAGCACAUUCACACAGCAGCACAUUCACACAGCAGCUUGCCUCACUCAGCUCUGCCCGCGCUGAUGUGGGCACCCCUCUAUAUGCUUUCAUGUCCCCGCCUCCCCAGAUGUCAUUCACCAAUCCCAGCUGAGGCAAGCUUAUUGCUUCCCUGCUAACACACAUACACACACACACACACACACACACACACACACACACACACAACAGAGUAUGUAGACCAGUCCUGCAACAGUAUAUAUCCCAGGUUGUUACAAUAUAUACAGUAUAAUAGAAACUGCUAUUCCACCAGUUUAAAGUUUACACCACUCAUUUAAAUUGUAUAUUUUUUAUAAUAAAUGUUGCAAACUAUAAAUAAAUAACACAGAAUCCAAGGUCGUUUAUACACACUUGUAUUGUUUCGUACUUGUUUUGUAACAUUAACGGACAGUUUGUUUUUGCUUUUAGAAAAAGCAGGGGAGCUUUAUAAGUACUAUAUGUCCCAGUUUCAACUUAAAUGCAUUUAAAUAUGGUAAUGUAAAAACAACAAUAAAACAAAAUCACAGUG